ACGACCUUCUUCCACAUGCACCAUUACAGUUACACACAGAAACCUUCGCCGCUCAGCAUGGUAGCGACCGACUCCGGCGAAGCCCCCGUCCGAGCAGAUCCCAGCUACGACCGCGAGAGCGAACUGAAGGCCUUCGACGCCUCGAGGACCGGCGUGAAAGGCCUCGUCGACGCCGGCGUCUCCAAGCUCCCCUGCAUCUUCGUCGAUGAUCGCCGGCCCCGGUCGCCCGGCCGCUCUGAUCCCGCCGGGACGAGCUCCGGCAUCCCGAUCGUGGACUUGGAAGGAGCUCACGAAGAUCCCGGCAAGCGCGGGGAGAUGAUCCGCAGAGUCGGCCGGGCGUGCGAGGACUGGGGAUUCUUCCAGGUGGUGAAUCACGGGAUCGGAGAUGGCGUCCUGAGCGGUAUCAUCGACGGCGUCAGGAGGUUUCACGAGCAGGAGAGCGAGGUGAAGAUGGAGCUGUAUUCUAGAGAUCAGUCGAAGAUGGUGCUUUUCAACACCAACUUCGAUUUCUACAGAGCACCGGUCGCGAAUUGGAGGGAUUCGCUGUACUGUGCUGUGGCUCCUCACCCGCCGAGUCCGGAAGAGCUUCCUCGGGUUUGCAGAGAUGUAAUAAUGGAAUAUUCAAAUCAACUAAUGAGACUGGGCCUUACCAUCUUCGAACUGCUAUCAGAAGCUCUGGGACUGAAUCCCAAGCAUCUUGAAGACAUGGGCUGUGCCGAAGGGCUGUACUUCAUUGGACACUACUAUCCAACAUGUCCUGAGCCAGACUUGACUCAAGGUCUAAGCAAGCACACCGAUAGCGCCUUCCUCACGGUGGUGUUGCAAGACCAAACUGGUGGCCUUCGAGUCCUCCAUGAAAAUCACUGGGUAGAUGUCGACCCCAUUCAUGGUGCGCUCGUGGUGAACCUGGGUGACAUGUUACAGCUAAUCACUAAUGGUAAGUUCAAAAGCGUCUAUCACAGAGUAUUGGCAAAGAACGUAGGACAGAGAAUCUCGGUUGCCUGCUUCUUUAGAACACAUUUUGGGCAAGAGGGUUCUCCCAGAAAGUACGGGCCAAUUAAGGAGUUGUUAUUGGAACAGAACCCUCCAGUCUAUCGAGAAACGUCUGUGAAAGACCAUGUCAAAUACGUAUACUCAAAAGGUCUUGACGGGGUUCCUGCAAUAGAUCAUUUAAAGUUGUGAAGAGGAAUUGAUUUGAAGUUAGUUCCUGUGCAGAAUGGCAUGGAUGACAAAAAUUAGACCAUAUGCCCAAGCUAUGGUUUUCUUUAGUGCCAGAUGUCUUUUAAUUGCAGCUUAGAGAGAGCUGCUGAACUUGUAUCCAGUAAAUACUGUUCACCGCUCCCAACUUCGCGACUGUCACUAUUACCAUAUGUUUGGCAGGUGAUGAUCAGGGUGGCGGCGGCGGCAGCAUUAGUGGAGAAGGGUGGGGUUAAAAAUAAUAUUUUCUUGUAGGAUUUGAUAAAUGUUUGAUCUAGGGGUAUAAUCAAGUCGAUACAAA